AUGUUAGAUAACAGUUUAAGUGAGUUAAACGAAUUGCAAAAAAUCCAACAAGAUGGAAAAUUGUCACUCGCUAAAUUGUGGGAGUACAUUUUGCACAAUAAACGUCUUCCAGAUAAUAUCGAUUUGUCCACAUUAUAUUCGACAAUACACGAGAAGUUGAGAGAUCCGGAAAAGGAAGUACGCCAACAUGCCCUUCGUGUACUUUGCGACGUAGUAAAGUACACCGAGAGAGAUAUUUUGGAUUCGUAUAUGAGCGAAAUUGUGCCGGAAAUCGUCCAUAAUUUGGAAAAUCCUGCUCCCUCUUUAAGAAACGGUGCGACAAACACCUUAAGAAUUUAUCUCGAAUACACAAAAAAUUACAAUAAAAUUCUGGAAGAUUUUUUUAAUUCAGAAACUAACAGUGCAGCAUUCGUGAAAUCCAUACCGUUUUUCAUCAGUGGAAAAAUUAAUAUUUUACAAUUAACACGUAUCUUAAACCUUUUAUUUGAUAUCGCCAAUAGUGAGUGCAUCAAUCAUGAAAGUGCCCUUAAAUCUCUGGCAAGGAUUAAAACUUUCAUUGGAGAUUUCACUUUCAAAAAAAUAUUAGGAGAAGUGAACACGACGAAGUAUAGAACAAUGUGCGACACUCUUGGUCUUCCUACCGAAAUAAACGAAAUGGAAUCAGAAAAAACAUGGACCGAAGAUUAUGUGGAGGAUAGAGUGAUUUUAGAGACUGAAAUUACCUUGGAAAGUGGACCGGCAAUCACAAUGCAAAUACACGAAGAAUCCAGACCGAACAGUGUUUUGGCGAUCAUACUCGCCGACGACAGCGAGAGUGAUUUUUACGAGUCUGCGAGAAAAACACCCCGUAAAGUCCGUUUUGGUGGUGAGGUGGUGAAAAUGCGGACGCCCGAAAGCGACAGCAGCAACCACGAACCCGAUCCGGAGUCGGAAUCGCAACCGAACGAGGAAACGACCACUAUUCACAUCACCGUCACCGACGCCGUUUCAAUCCGGACGAAGAAAAGUCUGAUUCCCGUCAGGAUCACAUCUUUACCUUCAACGCCUAAAAAAUGUUUGCAAGCUCCAAACAGGUUGCACAUGUCGACUCCAAACUUAAGUAUAAAAAACUGUCAAAAUUCGAAGAUACCUUUAAGAUAUACUUCUAAAACGGACACAAAAAUCUCUUCUUCGGAACAACCAAAUUUCAAGUCUUCCUUGAAUUUCACUGAACAAAGAAAAACGCACAAAAAUGAUCAGAAGAAAGAUGAAACAAUCAAAAUUCCUAAACUAACAGAGACGGAAAAAACAAAGGAGAACAAAGAGAACAAAGAAAAUUUGAAGAUCCAACAGCCAAAAAGUCAACGAAGAAACAGUCGUCAAGACGUGUACAGUCCGAUUCCUGUUCACAAUGAAAUCGAGCUGUUCCACAAUCUAACCAGAUCUCCACAGCCGAGCAGAAAGUCAUCAAUAUCCGAACCGAAAGAAGGAGGCAAACAAGAAACCGAACAAGUUUCAGAAGAAAAAAAAAUCCCAUUAAACAACAAUUGGAGAAGCAAAGAAACUAACGAAAAUAAAGAAGAAAAUCAAAACUGGAAAGACAAAGAACUGAUACCAACCGAAACUGUGAACAAAUGGUCAACGAAAGAGCCGCAAGUGAGAUCACAGGAAAGUAAUUGGUUGCAAAAAGAUCAAAAUGAUAAUUGGCCGACUGUUUCCAAAGAAGAAGAUCGGAAGAACGAUUCAAAAGUUUCUGAUCACGGUAAACUAAGACGGAAAGAGAGUUAUAACAGUUUCAAGAUCUUUCAUUCGUUCGAAAACAAAGACAACGAGAAUGGACAAGACUUGCACGAAACGUUGCAUUUCUCGAAUCUUCACGGAGAAGAAGAAAUUUGGGCAAAAACUGAAGCUCUGGAUAAUUUGAUUUUUGCGUUAGAACAACCAAACACCUGUUCAUCUUUGGAACCUGGUCCUGCAGCUCUUUUAUUCGAAGCCCUCUUUGCCUGCCAACAUCGGGACAGGCUUCAUGGGAAAGCUGAUGAAGCUUUGGAAAUAAUGAUUCGAGAAGUACGAGGGGAAGUCUUGGAAAAAUGUCUGGGACGGUUGGCACCAAACUUAUCGAAAAUGGGGGCCCCAAGAGGAGUUCGUUUGGCCAUGCUGGUUAUGAAGAAGUGUCCGGCUAGAAAAUUUCAAAUCGAACUCACUGAAAGAGGAUACGGACAUCGAUCGAGGGAGGGAUCUUUACAAAUUUUAAUGGCUUGUGCCCGUUUGCUUCCAAGUAUGGAAGUGGAAGUCCACAGAGCGGCACAAUUUGCCUCGAUAGCAUUGAGGGACCGCCGAAGGAAGAUUCGACAAGGCGCAUUAGAACUUCUGGCGACUCUUGCACAAAUCGGGUCCAAUUCAGAGAUUUUAGAUAUCGUUGAAAAAAAUGUGGCCGGAUUUCCUGACCAACAUAAUUUGAUGAGAGUUGUUAGAACCAGAUUAUCGAGGAGACAACUUCCUACCAUAGAAACGGAUGGCAGUGUAAGAUACUCAUCUCCAAAAGAACGAACGGAAAUCGAAUGGAUCUCCGGAAACUUACAACAACCUUCUUCCGAUUCAUCAUCGUCCUCCACCGCUUCCGUUAAUUACUGGAGACAUAAUUUAAGACAUCAGGAUGGUCCAAUCACCGAUUUAAUGAUUCAGAAGAAUAAAGAAAGUGACGAGGGCAAUGGAAAUGAACCUGCUCAAAUUUGGGCCGUUGAUUCCUCAAUAUUCUCCAAACAGCAUCCAAACUCCAACAGUAAAGUAAGUUCCAAUCUUCUUCGACCUGUUUACAUCCUUCAACCGGAGAAUAAAAUUCGAGGGCACAGAAGGUACGAUCGAGGCAGGUCGUUUUCUCCUCCGAAACCACAACGAAGAUUUCUCAAUGGAUCAAAUGAAACUUUAUCGGCUUCUGCAGUUCACCAGCCAAAAUACUCGUUGAAUUCCAAAAAUCCGUAUGAUAGUUUUAAAAAAAGUUUUUCUUCAGAACAAUUGUAUCACAGUGAACGACCGAAUCAGGAGCCUUAUUCAUUCUCCUUGUCGAGCAGAAGUUCAACUACAUCAACUGGAUCCUCCACCAGAAGCGGUAUUUGGCACAAAGAUUUCAGAUCCGGCAUCCCAAUUCCAAUCAGUUCGGAAACAAAAUUGAGAAUUAGGACGAACGGGAAUCACAGCAACGGGCCUGUCAUCGCAAAAAGCGGCGUCGAUAGACCGCUGGCGUUGCGACGCCGCGUCGUAAGUAGUGGGGACGUGCGUCCUGUAAAAAUGAUGUGCGACAUUGUAAACCCGUGGGGUCUGAGGGAGAAGAAGUUUGACAUGGUAUAUCGGUGGUGUCCGUGCGUUUUUAGGGGUGCAAAGGUUUGCGAUUCGAAUAGUUUCGAGGGAAAAAUUAAAAGUUCGACGCCAGUCGUCGUUGUCACGUUGCCGCCUGAAAACUACAUCGAAAAGGAUCUUGAAGUGAGCGUGUUUAAUGUGACCCAAGAGUCACCGGUUAUAUGUAGAGUACCACCUCAAGUUGUUGGGGGAAGUCCACAACUGGUGCCGCCCAAAUCGUCGGGAUCCGAAUCAUCCGGAUAUUUCACUCCACCACCAGACAAUCAACAGGCUUUCGUCAAACUAGAUACCGAAGAAACGAUGGAACCAGAACAAGAAUCGAAGGAUUGCGUUGAUAAUGAUCAAAGAGAAUUUACAAUGAGUUCCCCAGAAAUGAGCGAUUCACACGAUUUGGAAAGAUGCGAACAUGUUUUGGGUGAAAAAAUUGAAAAUAAAUUAAAGGAAGAACUGUCAAUAAGUAGAACUACCUUGGAAGAUUUGGAAAACUUAGAUAGCGAACCGAUUGAUUUUGAAAAACGGACGAAAAGCAAAUCAGUUGUCGAGUUACAGACAUUUUUACCAGAUAUUAUAGCAAAUUCUGGAAGAAAAUCUGUUAGUUCAGCUCCACCACUAAACGACGACGUCGACGAAUUGGACUGCGCCUCUAAAAACUUCGACGACACUCCAAUAUCACCGGUCAGGCCUGCUCUACCGGGGUGUGCCACCGAUGAUGAAACACCACCGCCAGUCGAAGCGCCUCCUCCACUCAAAAGCGGUUCUUCGGUACGUUUGAGCAAGAGGUUCGCCAGAACACAAAGUAGAAGAUCACUGAAAACGCCCCGAACUCCAGCCAUCGAGCCCAUUUCCAAUCAGUUGAGACCUUGCAGCAAACCUAAGGAAGCCUUGCAACAGGCUCUGCAUCAGAUGGAAAGUCCUGAAUGGGAAGUUACAAUACAAGGUAUACAUGGUUUGGUUAGAGUGAUGAGAUUCCAUCCAGAUCAAGUGGAGAACAAUAUACAUGCGGUUUGCGUAACUUUAGCGAAACACGUUAAGAAUCUGCGCUCCCAAGUGGCCAGAACAGCUUGUCAAGCAACUACGGAGUUAUUUUCUACUUGUAAAAGAGGACUCGAUGUAGAAAUUGAAGAAAUUGCGGUUCCUUUGCUGCAAAGAACGGCCGACACUAACAAGUUUUUGAGAGCCGACGCAAACUCAUCGUUAGACGUUAUGGCUGAACAACUUCCCUUACAUCGUGUCGUCACGGUUUUAACUGGACGAGGAUGUGGGCAUCAAAAUGCAGUUGUCAGAGCUGCUUCAUCCAGAAUUUUAGGAGAUAUUGUUGAAAGAUUUGGUGCCGACAAAAUAUUUCAACUACCUAAAGAAACGAGAGACAGGAUUUUGGGGGCAGCAGCAAACUGUCUGGCAGAUGGUUCAUUAGAUGCUCGCCGCCAUGCCAAAGGAAUAUUUUCGUUAUUAGUUAAACAUCCCAACUUUCAACGGUACCUCCAUGAAUCAGUGCCGCAACAUACAAUAAGACAUAUCUCCAAGGCUCUAAACGCACUAAAAUCCGAUACUUAAAUACACCCAUCAACCCAAAUUGCCACUCCAUUCAAUUAACAAUAAAUUCAUUCAGUGAGAUAAAUAAAUAUUGUCAUAAAUUAAUUACAAAUACCUACAGUUAGUUCCAGAGUUAGUCUGAGGCUCUGUGCCAAAAAACAUUUGUUACUUAACAUAUAAAUGGGUGGCAGUUUUUCAAUUUUAUCCAGGUACAGAUGUUGAAUUAAUAGUAAUAGCUUGCCUUAUAAAUCGCAAUUUAGACGAUAACUAAUCCGUCCAAUUGUAUAUAAUUAAUUAGUGUAGACAUAGAUAUAUUUUCCUAAUGAUAAGGCGUCAAAUUCUAAUUUUUAUAACUGAAUAAUCAAUUUUUAUUACACUGAUCAUGACAUUUUCUAUAGGCGUACAUUUCAUUGGUGUUAUAAAAAUUGACUGUUAAUUAUUAGGAAUACUUUAUUUAUUUUUUUUUUUUUAUGAGAAGCACAGGUUGAAAUAUCUUCCAAUCAUUAUUUAUUUAAUUAGAGAUUUGUACUUAACGUUGUUAUAUUUACAUACUAUAAAUAGUUAUAAAUUGUUAAAAAAUAAAGUUAAUUGUUUAUAUAUUA